GAGGCGGCGGCGCGGACCGGAACCCGCUAGAACCCUGCCAGCUGCCACGCCGAGCGGUCGUCACUCUUACUCUCCACCCUCAUCAAGUGAAUUCUCGGUCACCAUGGUGCGCUGGCUGCCCCUCGAGUCCAACCCUGCGGUUAUGAAUAAGUUCCUGGCAGAACUGGGUGUACCUGCUUCCUGGACUAUCCAUGAUGUAUAUGGGCUGGAGGAUGAAUUGCUCAGUAUGGUGCCACAGCCUGUUGGUGCAGUUAUUCUGCUGUACCCUUUUAAUGAAAAGGGAAAAGAGUUCAUGACGAAAAAUGACGAGGAGUUGGAGGCUGAAGGUCAAGAAGUCCCUGAAAAAGUUUACUUUAUGAAGCAGUUUGUUGGCAAUGCCUGUGGCACUGUGGCUCUCAUCCAUGCCAUUGCCAAUAAUGUGGACAAAAUUGAGCUUGGUGAUGGUGCACUAAAAGAUUUCCUGGAAAAGACAACAUCCCUGUCGCCGGAAGAAAGAGGUCACGCAUUAGAAAGUGAUGAGGGUAUUUCCAAAGCUCACGAUGAAUCGGCACAAGAAGGACAGACAGAGGCACCCGAACGUGAUGCUGUGGUGAAUGAGCACUUUAUUGCCAUGGUAGAAGUUGAUGGUAACCUUUAUGAACUUGAUGGUCGCAGGAAGUUCCCAGUUAACCAUGGACCAACAUCUGCAGACACACUUCUACAAGAUGCUGCCAAAGUUUGCCGUCAGUUCAUGGACAGGGAUCCUGAAGAAUCCCGCUUUGCUAUUGUAGCACUCACUGGUUCAGAUUAAGAUGAAGAAAAAGUGCCUUAGUUUUAAGAUCUAAGAGUCAUCUGGUUAUUUACUUUAUCAAAUACCAUUGAUUAUUUUGUUCAUUUUUGUUAGUACUUGAGGCAAGUGUUUUAUUUAAAGCAUUUGGGAAAGGUAAUUAUUAUUUGGUUUAGUUUUGAGGACAUAAAAAGGUUCAUUAUAGCAAUGAUUAAAUGUGCAUUAUUAGUGCAUUGAACCAAGUUUCUUCCUUACCCAAAUAUAGUAACUUAUGGAAAAAGUUGUAUCUGAUUGGGCACUUGAGCCAAUGCCAAGUCUGCAUCUUGUCAUGUUAUGCUGUAACUUGUUUGGUCAUAUUGAGUGAUAGCUGACAAGAUUUAAACCAGCACUUUCUUAUAUUAAUGAACAUUCCUAACUAGUGAAUACUUAAAUUUUAGUUUGUGUAAAUUGUGAUUUUUAUGCAUGCUAAGAUGUUGUUCUCGUGUAGCUCAAAUUUGUGAAGGACAAAUUUUCCUAGACAGGUAGGAAAGUUUGUUCCACAAGCACUAACUUGUGUAAUGUUUGUCCUUUAAAUUUUGCACAUUUGGGAAAGAUUGUAAUUAAGAUUGCCAGUUUAAUGUGAUGAAUCUCAUGACUGGUUGUGGCUCAAACCACUACUAAAUUUAUGGAUCAUAUCAGUCUAGAAUUUAAGGUGUCUAAAUUCACUGUACCAACAUAAAAGUACCACAAUUUGUAUUUGCAGGCUUAAAUAAAUGAUACAAAAU